AAUAUAACAAGGGAGAAAGUUAAUGAAUUUCUAAUCAUGUUUGCGCUUUAAUUUAAGUAUAAUAAAAUGUUAUGAAAUAUUUUUUCAUGAAAGUAGGUGUAUCUAAAUUCACGGAUACUCAAAUACAAAAUGGCGCAAUAGAAGUGUGCUCUUAGUGCAAGUGAAACGAAGCGAGGAAAAUAAUUUAUUUUUCUAUGUGUAAUAGACUUGACUGAAAUUAAGAAUUUUGAAAAUGUCUAUGCGACCUGAUGAUCAUAGGAGAAAAUGGAACAGAGAAGAGUACGAAAGAAUAGCGCUUCAGCGUCUUCAGGAUGAGAUUGCUGAAGAAGAGUUGGGAAUUCCAAAACAACCUGCAGUAAAAAGAGAGUUGCUCAAACAAAGGGAUUAUAAAGUUGAUCUUGAAUCUAAAUUAGGAAAAAGUGUUGUUAUUAAUAAAAAUACACCAUCAUCACAAACUGGAGGGUACUACUGCAAUGUUUGCGAUUGUGUUGUCAAGGAUUCUAUUAAUUUCUUAGAUCACAUCAAUGGCACAAAACAUCAACGUAAUUUGGGUAUGUCAAUGAAAAUAGAACGAUCUACAUUAGAGCAGGUUAAAGCACGCUUUGCAACGAACAAAAAGAAAUUAGAGGAAAAAAAGAAGGAUUAUGAUUUAGAACAGAGAGUAAAAGAAUUAAAGGAAGAGGAAGAGAAGAUAAAAGAGUACAGAAAAGAGAAAAGAAAAGACAAGAAAAGAAAAAUUGAAGAAAUCAAUGAAGAUAAUGGUGGACCUUCAGAUGAAAUGGCAGCGAUAAUGGGUUUCUCAGGUUUUGGUUCUAAAAAAAAGUGACAAUGAGAUACUAUCGGAUUAUUUGAUGAAAAAUUGCCUUCUGAAGAUGUAUCUUAAGAAAAGACUAUGGUGUUAUUAAUUUCUUAAGAAAUGUUUCAUUUGAGAAUUAACACUGAACACUACAAGAUCAUGGAUAAAAAAGACUGAUCUUAUAAAGAUUUAUCUUUGAUAUCAAUAUUUAAGUUUCAGUAUAAUUUAAUUUAUUUCCUUUUUCUUGCAUGAUCAGUGUUUAAAUGAACAGAUAAUUUUUAUCUAUAUCUGAUAUAACGAACAGCAAUUCAUUUCUUAAACACAAUGAAAGUAUGUUGAUUUAGCAUAUAAAAACAGUAAAAUCACUAUGGAAAUUAUGUGAAAUAGCUUUAGCCUUAUGAGUCACUUGUCGUUAAUGUACUCUAGAUUUACUGCAAUACUAAAAUUAAGCUUUAUGGAGUGUAUUUACAGUUUUCCUGGACCAGCAAUGUAAUGAACAUUAUUUAAACAAUAUUGUAAUUUGUCAAUAAAAGUACAAGAUUUUAUAUACAUGGAA